CAAUUAGUUAAGAAUAGACAGUGACAGUGACAGUGACAGUGAGAAGCCCACAAUGUGAUGUAUUGUUUGCAGUAGAGAUCAUUAGGAACAAUGGCACACAGUGUGAGCUUCAGUGUCGACACUCUUGAAAUGGAUUCUGACUAUGAGAACCAGUUUGAAGGUGUACUAGAUCAGUACCCUUUCCAGCCUGUUGAAGAACCAGCAGCCAGUGCCCAGAGGUGUCCUGAAACCCUAGAGAUGGACAUUGUUAGAGAAUGCACAGACGCCGACAGUGCAACUGUUCACAUGAGAGACGAGUCAAUUGGCCGGGAGGAGAUGAACACUCUGCGAAGGUGCCACUGGUCGACUGCAACCCAGAAGGUCCUCUCCUCAAUGCCCAGUCGGAGAGCUAGGCCACAGAGUGGUAUCGUAAUUUCCCAGGGUGCCAGACAAUCACCUCAGCCACGCCAUCGGCAACCCCAUCAGCAGACCUCCUCACAUGCGUCCUCUCAACCCUCCAGACAUAUCCAGAAUGACUUUGUCGAGGCAGACAUGGAGGAAAUCAAUACUGAAGAAAACAACAAGGAGCAGUUGGUGUCGACCCUCAAAGGCCUCUCAGUAAGUGAGCGUAUGCGCAAGCUGCGAGCUAUGCCGCUUAACCUGGAAAACAAAAUGGAAAUCAGGCGACUUGCUUUCACUGAUGUAGCUGGACGUUCACUCAUCCGCAGAAAUAUCCCAUGCAAAUGUCAUCUGAGCAUUUCUAGGACUUGGCGUCACUGUUUGUUCAGCUGCCUCCCUAUCCUCAGUUCCCUGCAGUUGUGGCAUUCACCCAUGAAGAGGGUGAGCGGACGUUUUGGAACUGGAGUGCUCUCCUAUUUCCUGUUUCUCCGGACUCUCCUGCUCUUUAACCUCCUCCUCUUUGUCAUCAAUGGUCUGUUCCUGGUCUUUCCCCAAGCUGUCAACCCUCCUUCUCCUUCGAACACAUCUGUUCCUCCGACCACAUCUGUUCCUCUGACCACAUCUGUUCUCGACAUUUUCAUCAGCCUUCUCACAGGCACGGGUUACCUCUCUCACAGUUUGAUGUUUUACGGGUACUACACCGAAAUCGAAAUGCCAUACAACAUACCUGCAGCCUACUUCUUAACCAUCUGCAUCACCUUCUUCAUUAUCUGCAUGAUCAUCGUGUACAGAAUGUCCACGUCUUAUGGGAGAAGCUUAUGUGUCCUCAAGUCUAACGGGAAUCUGGCGACAAAAGUUUUCUGCUCCUGGGACUUUAAAGUCAGCAAGAAGACAUCUGUGAGACUUCAGUCUGUGAAAAUCAGCAUUCAGCUCAAAGAACUGCUGUCUGAAUUGAUCAACGGAGAAGACGAAAAGAACUGCAUGAAGCGACUCUACAGGCUCGUAGUGCAUCUGUUUAUGUGGGUUGCAUGCCUGGCCAGCAUCUCCUUCGGUGCCAUGGUAGUUCACUACUUGUCAGAGAAUACCAUUAAGCCUAGUAAUCCACAAGCACAUGAGUUGCUCUUCAUGUCUGCAGUGGUGUCAAGUAUCAGUCUGUUGGUCCCUGGCCUUUUUAACCUGUGUGCUUGGUUUGAGGCUCAUGACUCACCCAGUGUUGAAGUCUAUGUCUCCAUCAUCAGGAACCUGCUGUUGAAGAUCAGUAUUAUUGGAGUGUUGUGUUUCCGCUGGCUCGUUAGGAUUGCUAAGGAACCAGAAAGACUGUGUUGGGAGACUGUUGUGGGGCAAGAACUGUAUUGUUUGCUCGUGAUGGACUUUGUCUUCACAGUGCUUUACACUUUUUUGGGAGAGUUCCUGUGGAGGCUCUUUUCCAAACAAAUGCUGAAGAGGAAAAGGAAGCCAGUGUUUGACAUUGCUCGUAAUGUGUUGGAGCUCAUAUAUGGACAGACUCUUACGUGGCUCGGGGUGCUGUUCGCUCCACUGCUUCCCGUAGUUCAGAUCAUAAAACUGUUUGUGCUGUUUUAUAUGAAGAAGAGCAGUCUACUUCUCAACUGUCAGGCCUCUGGAAAGCCCUGGAGGGCCAGUCACAUGACAACGAUAUUCAUCUCUAUUUUGUGUUUUCCGUCAUUUCUUGGUGCUGCUGCGUGUGUCGGGUACAUAAUUGUGAAGAGUAAACCCUCAUCGGGGUGCGGCCCUUUCAGAAAUCGCACCACAAUGUUUCAAUCAGGGCAGCUGUGGGCACAGGAUCUAGAGAACACCCACUCAGGCUUGUAUUGGCUCAGCCAGGCUUACAAGUAUCUGGUGAAGAACCCAACGGUGUUAUUCCUCAUCUCUGGAGUCUUUCUAAUGGUGAUAUACUUUCGCGCUCAAGUUGUUGAUGGCCAAAGGAGACUCAUCAGUCGGUUAGAAAAGCAAAUUGAAAAUGAAGGUAAAGACAAAAAGUUUCUCAUCACCAAACUGCAAGCUAUUUGUGAACAGAGUAGUCUUGUUUCCCCUCAGAGAUAAGGUGGGUAUCAGUUCUAUAUAUACUGUUUGUGGUUGUAACCAGUGGUCAAAGUGAGUUUCUCUGCCAGUUAGAUGCCAGUAACAUCUCUCUCUAGUCUGUCUUGCUCUUGUCUAGCUCAUGGUUUGUCUGCUUGGGCUGUAUUUUGUAACCUUAUAACUGAAAAAAUUGAGAGAGAAAUGCAACUAUUUAUUAUGUCUGAUAAAUGCCAACGGGCAAUGAUGUUAAUAAACUGCAGCCUGGAAAAGAUUACAUGAAUGAUGUGAAACUCGACCAGUCCAGUAUACAAUAUAUGGGUGUGAUGGUUCUCCUUAUAGAUGCAUUUAAAUAUAUAUUAUCUGGUCUCUUAGUCAAGAUUUAGUUAUAACUAAGAUGAAAAGCAAUGGUUUGGCACUGACUUGAUUAAAUAGUCAACUUGGGAUAGUGGGAGGACUGUUUCCAGCAGAAAGGACCUAGUGUGCCUGCAGCAUUUGCUGUCAAAGUCCACGACCCAGCAACUAUGACUGAAUCCAGUUUAAAACCUCCCAUCCCAUCUCUCGGAAACAAAAAUAUACAUCUCACACAGCAUGAGGUCUAGGGAGCUCCUUUGUGCAGGUUUCCGUAGUGUAGUGGUUAUCACGUUCGCCUCACACGCGAAAGGUCCCCGGUUCGAAACCGGGCGGAAACACACAUCUUGUCUCAUGUGAGUAUUUCAGUGGAGAUACUGUCCACUAUACUAACGAGAAACGCCAUGGUGCUGUUUUUGGCACGGAACCGAACUGGUGUCGCUGUUACAUCGGUUCCAGGGACUAUACAGGGAGACCUACCAUUUCUGGAUCGGCACUGCAUCUUGUAGUGUAACAGCCAUCCAGAGUGUUCUCCUCUUUGGUCGGGCAUUUUGCAAUCUGUUUGCGUUUGGAGGGGUUCACGGACCAGUUCUGUCCAGCAUGUGGCUGCUUCUGGCUGCACCUGUGCACGCUCAGCUGCACGUACAGGUUUCCGUAGUGUAGUGGUUAUCACGUUCGCCUAACACGCGAAAGGUCCCCGGUUCGAAACCGGGCGGAAACACAGCUUGUUAUUUGUUGUUACACUGAGUCACGAGGUCAAAUGGUCAGUUGACCCGACCUUGGGAAACGCUGCCAAGGUCGCCAGGAGGUCAGGCAUGAUUUCAAUGGCUGUUCCUACUUUUAAUUCUCUUUAACUUGCAGUACAUUACCUAUUUCUGCUUUGCACUUAUUUCUUGUUCUUCUGCUCAGCCACUGACGUCUUUUUUUUUUUUUUGCUGUGGCUGCUGUUGUUUUUUUUAAUUUUAUUUUUUGAGUGGCUUCCAUAUUAAAGUCUCCACCUAUUUUCCUCCCCAGUUUUGGCUGAACAACAUACAUACAUAACAAUGACAAGAUAUGAUCCCAUCCAUGCUGAGAUGGUUGCAACAUCGUCAGGAAUGUCACCAUAGAGCUUCUGUUGUAUAUCAGGAUGUAAAUAUUUUUUUAUAUGUGAAGUUAUGUUUGAAUUUAUGAAUAAUUGUUUUUUAAUGUGUUGUACAAAAAGACAAUAAAUCUAUUUGAACAAAAUUUUGAUGUGCAUUUGACAAAUGUAGCUGUCCCCUUAUGUGAAAACAUUAUUUACUUUAUUUGUCCCCAACACAGCAACUAUUCCUUCAUGUUAUUCAUCUGAAAACAUUUAACCUCUCCUGCAUCAUUUUACUUUGUGCUCCAAAAACAGUUGAGCAAGGUCUGAGAUGAACUUACUCCUUUACAGUAGACAGUAGGCCACCAAUCAAACACUCAGAUCGGCCAAACCUCCACAGACAGCCUGAAAUGUCUCUGAAGCUUAGACUAUCCACCUGAACCACCAUGUUUCUGAACAGACUAAAGCAGGUGAAAUGCUGACUCUACACAUUUUGCAGCCAGUAUAGUUUCUCCUUCAUGCUAGAGAGGAGUGAGUGAGGCAAGAAGGUUGUAAUCUGCAACUACAGCGCUAGACGCCACAAAAUCCUGACAAUGAUCCUUUAAGAUGCAACUACCACUUUUAUGUUUUAACAAACAUCAAAAUUAAACAUCUGACCAAGAUUUAUGUUGUUUUUUGUAGUGUUUUAUGUCAUAAAUGGAAUAUAAAUGUGUGGCAUAUAUGUUACACAUUCACAAGUUCAUCCACCAGAAUGAAAAAUAACACAUAAAUCAACUCGGCCUAAAUGCUGCUUCCUGCAAGUUUCCCCCAAGCACUCUCUUCAGACAAACAUUUCUAAAAAAAAAUCCUAUUUAAAGCAGAAUGCACAGGAAUGCAAGUUAACAGUCUGAGAAUGAGCUUUUUGCGUGACCCCAAAGAGCAUGACAAUCAGGAUUACUGAGAACAAGUUCAUGACGUUACAUGUGUGCUGAGAAUACUGUGCAGCAAUACAUCAACAUCAGGUGUGAAUUCUUUGAUGACAAAUGACUAUUCAGCUGAUGUCUUGAAAAGAUACCUAAAAAUCAAAAUAGAGGAGGUAGUAUUGACUUGUGUUAAUCAUAUAAACAGAUUUCUUUAUGUACAGUAUGUAUGUUUUAUCAUAAAAAUUAUAACCAUGCAAACAGGUGCAGUACAUUUGAUUCACGCAGUUCAUAUAAGAUCUAAAUAAGAUGAAAACAAGGGUCUAAAAUGAAGGUGUGUGACUAUUUCACUGGCUAAAAGAAAAACUAAAUUCAAAUAGUUUCUAGUAAAAAAUAACCAGAUAAACCUGAAAACAUGAUUGGCACAUACAUACACGUCACACGUUAAAUGUUACAGCGUGUCAUCUUCUCAGCAGCUCAAUAAUGUCAGCAAUUCCCUAAUAACAUAUAUUCCACCUGGAUGCAAAACAAGAUGGGUAACAUUUUGAUGAGACACUCAAGCUUCUUUUGAAAUUUCUUCCUAUAAUUUGGCAAGAAAAAUUUGUGGGAGGAGAUUCAAUUGUUGUGACACUAUAUGAACCCACUCCUCAGCAGGUCCGUCUAUACUUUGAGUCAGUCUACUUGGAACAACAGCUUGAGAAACAUCGCAGCAAUGGCCUCUGGUAACAUGGAAGUGAACACAACAUCUAAAAAGAGAGUGUACAUCAGUCUUCCAAAAAAAUACAUGAGCCGUUUUGCUGAACAUUAUGAACUGGAUCAUGGACUGGUCAUAAA